CUUUGAAUAAGAGAGAAGAGCAAUUAGGUUUUGGGACAGAGAAAGAAGAUAGACAAAACAAUGACUCUGUUUUUCAGCCGCGUCUUGACUCUCUCUGUACGCAAGGACAAUGCUCGUCUCUUCUCAUCGUUGCCGCAGUUACCGUAUUUGCUGAUGGGCGGUAAGAAGUUGCGAGAGUCUCCGGAGGGUAAAAUCGGGAAGCACAGGUUGUUCGAUCCGACAACUGAAGAGACAGUGUUUAGCAGUGAGAAGACGCUUCCCAAGAAGCUCAAUGGGAAACCUCUUGUGGGAGCAUCACAAGGUUGGACCGCUUCUCUGGACAACAAAGACCUUACCGUACAUAUCACGGAUGUGUACAAGCCAUGGCUCUCAUCUUCAAAAGUAAUAUCAUUGCCUUCGAUUGGGUUCAAGCCCUCAACCCAUCAAACGAGAGUGUCUCUCUCUUCUUCUGAUCCUGUCCAAGACGACUUCUCUGUGGCUGCAAAGUUCGACGAGUAUCAGCUAAGUGUGUGUAGGCCUUGUUGGGACUCUAAGUGGACUCACAUCGAGACAGCUUAUUCUCUUUUACCAGCCUCUGAUCUCAUGUACUCCAAGAGAGACAAAGUCUUCUACUUUACUAGUUUUAAGGGUAACUACAUGGCUUCGUUGGAUCUCAGCAACAACUACGAGCCCAAGUAUCAACACCUACGGCUUAGAAACCUGCCUAAGAUCCCAGAGGCAGGUUGGCAGAUGUUGGAUAAAUGUUUCAUGACCAACCACUUAGUGGAAUCUCCCUCUGGUGAACUUUUCUUCAUCAAGUGGUACACACAGUGCAUUCACAAAGAGGACGAAGAUGGGGAUUUGGAAUUUAUCCACAGCAGUACUAAGCGGUUCAUGAUCUUUAGGCAAGAUGGGAUGAGCAAAGACUUUUGUUACACGGAAGAUAUUGGAGAUGUCUGCAUCUUCCUUAGCAAAAGUGAAGCCUUCUCUCUCUCGGCAAGCAAGUACCCUAGGCUCAAACCUAACUCCAUCUAUUACGUUGGCCCUAGGCUUGGUUCUUACGAUCUGGCUUCUGGUACGGACCGCCCCUUCAACUUUGAUCGCCUUGGUGAACCCUCCCUGGUCCGCACCCCUUUCUGGCUUCAUCCAACUGACCCCGUUGCUUAACAAUGUGUCUUUCUGGUUCCUUUCCUUUCAAUCUAUUCUAUGAGCUUUAGCUAGGAUUUUGGUUUGUCUAGUUCAAUAAGUGGUCGUCUUUGUGUAAUGUAUCUUCAUCAUGCCACUUGUUAGGUGUGCUAUAUAUGAGCUUUUGUAUCUUGUGUUGUUCUUCACCAAGU